CACGACAUGGCUGUCAGACAGCAGGAGUCUCAGAUUAUGAAAACUUGUCCCUUUUCUUAGAGCUUUAUUGUUGUGUUUUAGCCUCCAUUUAGAUGUGAUGUGAUGUCGGAUAAGCGUCAGCGUGCCAGAGUCCAGGGCUCCUGGGCCAAACAGCUGCCAAAACACACAGGACCCACAGUUAAAACAGGUGCAGUUACAAAUAAUCAUCAACCCAAAAAUGCCAACCCAGCCCCUGGUUCUUGGGGACUUGGACCACAGAAGACAUCUAGGACAUUUGAAUUUAAUCAACCCACUAAGCCAGUUAGAGAUGUUCCACCAGAGAAGGUGAUAGAACACGCGGGUGAUUAUGAGAUCAGCCAUGGGCCAUCAGGUGUGUCCAGACUGCGGCUCCUGCCUGGGUUUCUUCCCCCAGAGGAGGCUGACUGGAUGUUCAGUAAGCUGUUAGCAGAGCUUCCGUGGUCCCAGAAGACCAACUACAGACAGGGUGAAGCGUAUGAGGAGCCCCGGCUGACCUGCUGGUAUGGAGAGUUGCCCUAUACGUACGCUCGCUCCACCAUGGCUGCCAACGCUCAGUGGCAUCCGUCGCUGUUAACCCUUCGUGAGGCAGCCGAGCAGGUGAGCGGAUGCAGAUUCAACUCCCUGCUGUGCAACUUGUAUCGGGACGGGCAUGACAGCAUUGGCUGGCACAGUGACGAUGAGGCCUCCCUGGGCGCCAAGCCCACCAUCGCUUCCCUCAGUCUGGGGGACACCAGAGUGUUCAGCCUCCGCAAGCAGCCCCCACCGGAGGAGAACGGUGACUACACUUACGUGGAGCGGAUUCGGAUUCCUCUGAGUCACGGGACGCUUCUGCUGAUGGAAGGAGCCACACAGGACGAUUGGCAGCAUCAAGUGGCUAAAGAGUACCAUGACAGAGGCCCACGCAUCAACUUGACCUUCAGAACCAUCUUCCCAGAGCCUGAGGGCCACAGGCCGGGGACCAAGUUUCGUUUCACUGCCAAGCAACAGUGAACUCCCCUAAGAGUCAGGUACUUAAGCCUUAGGAAACACUGUGUGCAGUGGUUUGGCAUUUCAAACACUGAUCCAGUCAGUGCUAGAUUUGAUGGCUGGAGUGUGAACGGGGCUUAAGCCAAUAAAUGUGGGGGAGAUUUUGCCAAACAUGGCAAAAGCAAAGUAGCCCGUGGGCGUCAGUGAGCUUGCAAGCAGCUUCGGCUGUUUGAACCAAGUCUCGCAAACACAUCACUGAGUUACAGACCACAGUAUGAAUAACAGCUUCCUGCAACUCAAACAGGGAGAUCUGUAGCUCUGCCUGAAUUCACCUGUUAUAUAAAGGAAACCAUAAUAACCAUAAUGACACCUCAGUCGUGACCAGUGGUGAUUAUCAGAUAUCAGUGUUUUCAGAUGGGCUGAGCAGAAGAAUGGGUGAUAAUGAGGACUGUGAGGCUUGGUAAAAUGUCAGCUCUGAAUGUCGCUUUGACUUUAUUUAUUCAUUCAGCACAGACAGUUGUUUCGUUUCAGACAGUAAUCUGAUGAAAUUUUUUGUUAGUGGGUUGGGACUCACAUCCAGCGCUGAGGUGCCACUGAGCAUGGCAGUUAAUGCCACACUACUUUAGCUGCGAAAAGUAAAAGUUUGGUUUGUACAAGGAAUCUCCCAGGAGGCAACAUCAGAAAUAUCAUUUAUUUAAUUAUAUUUGCCUUGGUGAGUCACAAGUAUUUAAGUUUUUUUUUUUUUUUUUGUGUUGCUUUGGGGUUUUUGUCAAACUUUUAUUUUUUACCAUGAAUUUACAGAAAAUUUAGUCUUGCGGUUUGAGUGCUCACUGUACAGCAAGUCCCCGCUGAUGUAACUGUUGGUGAAAAGCCAUAAAAUGUAAAGGAUAUCCUGCCUUGUGUGUCUGGGGGAGCUUUUUGGAGAGAGCUCAGUCACUAUAAAAAGAAAGGGGGGAAAAAAGAAAAAGAGAAAAGAAAGGAAAUAAAUAAAGUGGCCACUUAAGCCAAUUACAGCUCCAUCAGGACUAGAAUUAGGUAAUUGUCUUGAUAAACAAGAUUUGACCAGUCCCUCAAAGAGAUAAUUAAAGUUUUUUUUUUUAAAACCUCCGAUACAUCAUGAACCAGAAUCCUUAAAGUCCGUCUAAGACCACCCUACACAAGUUUUUUGAGAUAGUAUAUUCAGAAUUUAAUUAGUUUUCUAUUAUUUUCUAUUAAAGUAAUUAAGUAUAAAUAAAGUUUCUAAAAUUUUCAUUGGAAUCUGAAUAAAUGCAACAUUUGAAUGAGGAGCAUAAGAUGGAGGAGCUUUAAUAACCUGAAAUAAAGAUGUUAAAAAGUGACACACAGCAGGUAAAUCAGCAGGAAACAGUUGUUGAUCACACUUUCAGGAGCUAUUGGCAGAGUAACACUCACACAGUGAGCCUGUACUGUGUACUAAAGAUUUUUCUUCACACAGAUGAGCCAGGGAAUCGGUCCAUGUUGGUUUUGUUCAGACAUUUCUGUAACACAUAGGACAACAACGCUCACACCACUGAUGUAUUAGCAGAUUAGCAGAGCAACUUUUUAUGGAAAAAUAACUUUGGGUGCUUUUCCAACAUGACUUACUGUAACAGCCUACAUGAUGGGACAUUCUGGUUAUUUUGUAAAACUAAAGAGAUGCUAAGAGUGCAUUCUUGAUUGCUGUUGUUCUGAAUUUAAAAAAAAGUGUUCUGUGUUAAAAUACUGUGUCCAAAAUCAGAUUUUUCUGUUAAGUAAAACAUACCAACAUUAAUUAUUAGCAGGUUCAAGCACUUCAUCAAAGAUUUUUUUAAGUUUAAGUUUUUUGGGGGCAAAUUCAAAUAAAAUCCCAGGUUGUGACCUGAAGUCUGUCAUGAAUAUAUACAGAAACCUAAGUAUGUUGUUUACAAAAUAUGUGUUUAGAACAGAACAAGGUUCACUUCAGGAUCCCUGAGAGCUGAGGGAUUAUGUAAUCAUUGUUGUAAUUGUACCGAGACGAUGUGAUAAGGUUGUUUAAUGGAAAACGUUUUUUUGAUUGAGCAUUUCAUGGUGUGGUUAUGUGCUACGGUAUAAUUAGAACAUAUUAGGACAGUUAUGUGUCAGUGUACUUUUUUGUCCAUGACUUUGGAUUUAAAUGUAAAUUUAAACAAACAAACAAGAUAAAAUGUGAAUAUUUAGCAAAUAAGUUCACAGACAGUUUCAGGAUUACUUGAUGUACUGACAAAAUGACAACGUAAGUAGAUGCUAUCUGAUUGCUACAGCCAUUUUUAUACUCGUCUUAGUCUCAAAUUUAAACCUCACUCUCCCAGUCUUCGCUCUGUCUCUUGCAUGAUGUUAAAGGGUCAUUUGUGGUGUUGGCUGAAACUCAGUAAAGCUGUUAAGCAGUGUGAGAAAGUAUGCUGCUGCAGCUUUCAGUGGCAAGUCUCAGCAGACGCAACUAAAAUAAACAGGCUCAGUAUGGAUGAGCUUCUUUUUUCACCAGA